GCGCCUGCAAAUUAAACCCAAAAGGCUCUUUUUUACACGCUUUUUAAAAAAUAUGCCAAAAUAUAAUAGAUAUCUAAAUGUAGAUUUUUCAACAUGAUCAAAAGCUUUAUUGGGAGUUUAGAGGCGGGGAACACGCCGUUCAUCUGCUGUGAAACACCCCGUGAAGGCGGAGAUGGUUCGGUCUGUAGUAGGUGGGACAGCCGAGCGGUCUGCAGCAGGACGUCGUAGAUCAAUGAACCGGACCAGAGGGUUGGUCCAUCGCCUGGUGUGCGUCUGACUGUAUUAUAGAUGUGUCAGUACACCUAUCAAGAACCGAGGCUUUAUUCGCUGUUAACCAGCCGGUUCAGCAUGCGGAUAUUAUAAAGGCUGUUUUACAAGCCCCGUUCACCGUCGCUCUGUUUCUCCUGGCUCAUCGCUCUAUUUUAUUUAAUUUUCUUUAUAUUUAAUUUCAAUUUUUCGAGGGGAGGGAUCUAAAAUACAUCUGGAAGCUCCGGGAUGAUUUUUGCAAACACAGGCAACCCACUGAAGACGACCAGUCGAAAGCAGUCCUACCCCAUGACUCCGUCCAGUCCCAGCAACAGCAGCAACAGCAGCAGCACAGGCCUGGAGCAGCUCAGCAAAACGAACCUGUACAUCCGUGGGCUGCCUCCUGCCACCACAGACCUGGAUCUGGUCAAACUCUGUCACCAGUAUGGAAAGAUUCAGUCGGCCAAGGCGAUCCUUGACAAGACGACUAACAAGUGCAAAGGUUACGGCUUUGUGGACUUCGACAGCCCAGCUGCUGCUCUAAAGGCAGUACAUGCUCUUAAAACCAGCGGCAUUCAGGCCCAGAUGGCCAAGCAGCAGGAGCAGGACCCCACAAACCUUUACAUUUCCAACUUGCCUCUCUCGGUGGACGAGAGAGAGCUGGAGAAGAUGCUGCAGCCCUUCGGCCAGGUCGUCUCCACUCGCAUCCUCCGGGACUACAGCGGUAACAGCAGAGGCGUGGGCUUUGCCAGGAUGGACACAACGGAGCAGUGCAAUGCGGUCAUCUCCCAAUUCAAUGGGAAGUUCAUCAAGUUAGCUUCUGGAGCUCUGGGUCCAUCUCAACCUCUGCUGUGUAAGUUUGCAGACAGUCAAAGAAAGAAACAUGGCCACAGUGGAUAUGUGCCCAAUGGACAGACAGGCGACCUCAGACUAGGUCCAAUGACUCUGACCUAUGACCCUUCCACAGCAGCCAUACAGAACGGGUAUUAUCCCUCUCCUUAUCCACUGACCAAUAGAAUAAUGACUGUGCAGCCUGCAAUGUCUCCAUACAUGUCUCCCGUCUCUGCUUACCAGGUGCAGAGUCAUUCUUGGGUGGCGCAUCAACCAUACAUCAUGCAACACCCGGCUGCGGUGAUGUCUCCCUCUGUGGAUCCCUCCAUGUCACUGCACCCCACAGCCAUGCUUACUCAACAGAUGGGCCAGCUGUCCUUGGGAAACACUGGAGCGUACAUUGCUGCCAACCCCGGGGUCCAGGGAGCCUACAUGCCUCAGUACCCCCCACUGCAGACAACAGCUGAAAACGGCACGCUGCAGCAAGUGGAUUCUUCCAACAACUCGUCUCCUUACAGUCAACUCAGCAAGUAAUGCACAGGCCAGGUUACAGCUCUGUGAGCCGGAGGGCAGUUGGGAAGUUGCUGAGGAUAUCACAGGGAUGAAAGCGACCGCCUGCCCCGAUUGGACCAGAUAUACAAACAUUUUUUUUGCACAGCCCCGACAUUUUUAGUGGGAAUUGAACACAACCUAAAUGGACUCAAACAGUCGGCUAAUUACGGGGAAAUCAAGUAAGAAAAAAAAGUAGAUCUAUUUUGAUAAGAAACAACAUCCUUCUCUUAUUCUCCUUUUCAAUGACAUCCACCUUCACCCCACCAUGCCCCCCGCCUGCCCAAUCCAAGUAUGAUGUGACAUAGCAAUGCAUGUGACUGAGAUAUUUUCCCCCCUUUUUGAGUUCUCCAUGACUUUACAGCUUGUUUCAUUCGUGGUGUACGACAGACGUCAGUAGGCCUUGUUUGCACUGAAGCUAUUAGAAUAACUUUGUUUUGGUUUUCAAAGCUGCAGGAGAGUGAACAGCUGACGACACGUGUGUCCCAACUGCACUCGGAAGCUAACACAGAUGACCAUUUCAUUAGGAAAUUUAUGAAUUUAUUAUUGGAAACGGUGCCUUCCUCACGUAACAUUGAACAUCGUCCAACAUUCUUUCAUCUAACUCAAUCAGGUGUCAUUCUUCUAUUCCAAUUGAUCAAUUGUGUGUGUGAAAUCAUGGAGAUCUCCAUGAAGUGUUUCGCUAUCUAGUCGUUUGGUAGCAAUAAAGACAAUGAGAGUUCCACGGCAAUACUGAGAACAUAGGUGACCAACUCAGAGCUCGGCGAUUCCUUAUUUUUCCUAUUUCCUUUUUUUUUUAAUGGUCUACACAUGAAGCAGGAGCCGUACUUUUAUGACUUUACAAGUUUUACACCCAAUGGGCAUCUAUUUCGGAGGCUUUGUUUUUCUCUUUGGGUCGGUUUGACCGGUUAUCUACCUCACGGUUUUGCUGGAGUCGGCUGGUGCUGUCGGGUUUGCAGGUAAAGCCCCUUCGCACCAGACUGAACGCUGCUAACCAGAAGCCACGCUCAGGAGCUGGCUAAACAGGACUUCUGCCGUUUGUCUCCCAUGUGCAGCAUUCCUACUCAUAAUCAUCAAAAUGGGGAAAAAAAAAAAAACUUUUUAAGUUUUGAACCCCAAUUUGUCUUUCGCUUUCUUCUGGUGUUUCUUUUUACACAAUGUGACAAGCAGUGCUGCAUUUUAGAAACUCAAACAGAGUUUCUCUGUAAAGCAGUUAUUAUUGUUGUCAGAUCUUUCACAAUUCAACUUUGCCCAUGCCAAACAAUUUGGAUGAGCGUAAAAUAACUUUGAAAUUAAACAAUCAAGUGUGAAGUAAUUAAAAUAAGGAAUAUCUUCUUGUAGUUUGAUGAUUUUUGAAAAGAAAAACAUCACAAAACCAUAUUUCCUAAGACCUGCAAACUACAUAAUGGAGUUUUAUUUUUUAUUUUAGUUUUUUUUCCCCUUGAAAUUAUUCCUGAUGAAUGACUAUAUUCAAAGAAUGAAAAAGGUCAAAGACGUACGGUCGUAGUGCUCCUUCCUCUUUUGUUUUGGUAAAAACAGUGAGUUCUGAACACAGACGAAAUACAGCCAGGCUUUUUACUGAGAGUACUUUUUCCCUUUCUGAAGAUUUAUUGCUGAAAAAAAAAUGUAAAAAUGCAACAUAAAAAAAACAUGUUUUCCUCAUUGCUUCCCUCUUGUCGCCUUCUACUGAUUCUCAAACAAUCCUCUCUUUGCUCUCUCUCCUUUGGAAACAUUGAAAUAAAAACAAUAAAAGAAUCUUCUCUUUCUCAGA